CCAUUUACUAUCUCAAACAUUACUCUAUCAAACAGAUUGAACAACCAUGGAAAGUAACAUAUUCAAUUUGAUCAAGAUUUGUCCCAUAAUUAUCAUAUCCUUAACCUACUCUUAUUGGAUUCGUACAUUUAUCCAACCAGGAACAAAAAGACUCCUCUGUCUUCUUCCCAUAAUUUGUCUCAAUCUCUUCAUUCCUCUCACUUUUACCUCUGUACAUUUAACAGGUACCUUAGGAUUCUUCUUUGCUUGGCUUGCAAAUUUCAAACUCUUACUCUUAUCUUUCAACAAAGGCCCUUUAUCCUCUCAGUCAUCAAUCUCUCUUCCACGUUUUAUAGUUCUUUCUUGUCUUCCAAUCAAGAUCCAACAAAAUAGUAAAACUAAUAAAACCUCAAUUCCAGAUCUAACAAAUGGAUCAAAAAGAUCCAAUUUUGAAACAAAUAGUAACACCCCAUUUCUUCAAUAUCCCAUAAAGAUUAUUCUUUUGGGAAUUUUGGUUAAGAUUUAUGAUUACAGUGAAAAUAUUCACCCAAAAGUUAUCUUAGUUAUGUAUUGUUUUCAAAUCUAUUUUAUGUUGGAGAUAAUCUUAGUAAUUUUUGCAACAAUGGCUAGAACAAUUUUGGGAUUAGAAUUAGAGCCACAGUUUAACAAUCCAAUUCUCUCAACAUCACUUCAAGAUUUCUGGGGAAGAAGAUGGAACCUAAUGGUCACAAGCAUCAUGAGACCAACAGUUUAUGAACCAACGUUAAAAGUAGCAAAGAAUCUCGUUGGUCUUAAGUGGGCCACACUAGUAGCUGUGUUUGGAACAUUUGUGGUUUCUGGUUUGAUGCAUGAGCUUAUAUUGUUUUAUUUGGGAAGAUUGGAACCAACGUUUAAGAUGUUUGGUUUUUUUGUUUUUCAUGGAGUUUGUUUGACGGUGGAGAUUGUUUUGAAGAAGGUUGUUACCGAUAGGUGGCGGUUGCCGAGGUUUGUGUCUGGGCCGUUGACCGUUGGAUUCUUCUUUGCAACGUGUUUUUGGUUGUUUCUUCCAGAGUUUAUUCGGUGUCGGGUUUUUGUUAUGGCGUCUGAAGAGUACGCUGCUUUAGGUGUGUAUGUCAGAAAUCUCACUUCUGUGUUUUAAAAGUUGUUUUUUUGUUGUUAUUAACUUAUUAUAGAAUCCGUCAAUAAAAAAAAAACUUAUUAUAGAAAUUGCUUAAAAAAGAAACUUAGAAAUGAAUAUAUUUUUGCUAUCGUUUGUUUUCACCACCAAUAUCCGGACUGCCUAAUAUGGUUAGGGUCAGUUCUGACAUCAAUAGUUUCAGUUCUCUCCCGAUCGCAGUUGUGAUCUUCUCUAUCAAGUUCAGCGUCAAUCACCACUGAACCAACUAACGAUUGGUUGAAAUGGAUAGUUUAAUUUUCAAUUCAUGGCUUAUGUGUAUGAGAAAAUUUAUUUUGAAGGAGAGAAUUCAUUUUGUAUAAUUCAUUCUUCAAUGAAGAUUUGUUUGUUUACGACAAUGAAAACUUCAAUAGUAAU